AUGGGCCAAACUCAAUUUGUUAAGGAGGAGCCAGGCAAGGAGGAGGUGCAAGGGAGGGAAGAGGAGAACAUGCCCGCCUCUUCACAGGUUUUGACCUCCUCAACUAUGCCAAAUGAAAACUGUUUGUCCUUACAUGAUAUGGCCCGUCCUGCACCGCGUCUUUUAGGGUUUGCCUUUGGCGAAGAGUUACAUUGCAUUUUACCAGAGUCGCUUAGCGUAAUCAUUGCCAAUGCCCUUCCAUCGAGUUGCUGGCCGGUUUCUCCUCGGCAACCCCAGUGGCAUUUACUCUACAAUAGUCAGAUUCAUGGACGCUCAUUUCAAAAGCUUGUCCAAGGGUUAGUGGACAAGGGUCCAACCUUGAUAGUCAUCAGGGCCUGUGAUUCAGCAAAUGUUUUUGGUGGCUUUUCUAUGGAAUCUUGGCAGACAGUUGCCGCGCGAGAAAAACAAGAUAAGAAUCGUUCUGCAGCUGCUCGACGUGCAGCCCGCGAAGGACAUGACACACAAGGUAUUACUCAUCGACCUGUCAACCAAGAUAGAGCCUUUUUUGGUGGUGAAAACUGCUUCUUAUUUUCUAACAAGGAUGGCGGUGUGAUUUAUCGUGCAAGAUCGUCUGUAAACUCAAAUUUCAUGUAUUGUUUUGAUGCUCAUCCUCAUAGUGACAAAAUUGGGAUUGGCAUGGGUGGGCAACCCGGUCAUUUUGGUUGGUUUCUGGACCGUUGGUUAGAGCGAGGGGCAUGCCAUGGUGUGCGCUGUGCCACGUUCGGCAACCCCCGUCUCACUGACGCGGAAGAAUGGUUGAUUGAUGUUGUGGAGGCGUACACGUUGCUUCCAGAUUUUGUGGAGGCACUUUCCAAGGUGUCCCAAGGAAUGGCUGAGAGGGAGUCGUGCUUGAAGAAGCGCGCCAACGACGCAGAUAAGGUGCUACUCGAGCUUUAUGGAUUCCACACUUUUGACUGUCGGGAGCGACCAGAGUGUUGA